AUGCUGAAUGAUGGUGGUGGUGGUGCUAAUCAUGUCUCAAUUGAGAAGUCCUUCAGAAUAAAGGAGGAUGAUAGGUUCUUCUCAAGGCUAAUGUCCAAGGAAACUUCCAAGGCUAACUCUUCUUCAAGGGUCUUCUAUUAUGGAGAAACAUCAAUUGCAGUUCCUUUCACAUGGGAGGCACAACCUGGCACCCCAAAACACCCUUCUUCUCAGACUUCUCUACCUCCCCUUACACCCCCUCCUUCGUAUUACUCCAAUUCCAAGUCUAGCAGCAAGAGAACAAACUCCAAGGCCAACAUAUUUUCAUGCAUUUGGCCGAGGUUUAUGACAAGGUCAAGAAAAGAUCAUGGGUCACCAACAUCAUCUCGCUCAUCUUCCUCAUCCUCAUCCUCAUCCUCAUCCUGGUCGUUGGUAUACCCCUCAUACUCAUAUUCCACGAGGGACACAGAUGAAGGAAGCCUCUCUUUCUCACGCUCAACCAGUACUGUUCGCACUUUUCUCAAACAUAAAGCUUCAAACAGAUUCAGAGGCAGCUCUUCCUUUGGGGACAUGAAGAACGCAAUUGUGAGCCACGGAACAGCCUAG